UUGUCCGAGCGGUUAGGUAAAUUGCUGCCUACGUCUCCCUCUGGAAUCUACAGUAGCAUUUCAUAUUAUCUCUAUUAACACCUGCCGUCGGUGUUUUUAGUCUCGGUAUUUUGAUAUUUAAUUUCCAGUAUACACGACACAAUGGCGAAGACUGCUGUGUGCCCUCCGGGUAUUAUGAACAAGAUCGGUGUGCCACUUGACCGCAUCCACCCAGUGGCUAUUGUCGUCGGUGACCCUAAAUGGCUUGAGAUGUUGGCAUCUCUAGCUACGCGUCAAGAGUUUUUCGCUCGUUACAAGUCACUUUCUUCCAUGGAGCUUGAGUUCAACGGGCAGACCUUCUUUGCUCUUAGUUUUGGUUUCGGUGCUACUAAUUUGCACCGUCUAUUGACUGAGCUUGCUGUAUUUGGUGUGAAAUGCGUAAUUCUUAUUACUAACACCUUCUCUUUGUUACCUGGUCGUGUUCCUGCCAAUGCUCUUUGCAUUACGUAUGCCGCUUGCCGUGGCGACUAUGCUUCUACUAUAGAAGUCGACUUGGCAUACCCAGCUAUCGCUCAUCCCGAUGCCACUCGUGCUUUACGCAAGGCUGCUGAGGAACUGAAGCUUGAUUACCAUUUAACUAGGACCUUGACUAAUGACUAUGCCUACAACUCGAAGCUCGGGCGCCCCAAUGCUCUUCGUGAUGAAAUUCGCAAGACGGACGUUGAGUUGGAGGAUCGUGACAUUGCAUGUUUCUUUGUGUUCUCUAGCUACCGCGGUAUGGUUUGUGGCGCCAUCUCUUGCAACGAGACUGAGCCUAACACAUUUGACCCUAACACUGCUGCUCCCAUCGAGAGUGACGAGGCCAUUGAGGGCAGGAAGCAGGCUAUGAAGGUCGCUCUAUUGGCUGCUUCCAAGUUGUGCGUGGAGCAUGCCUUCACAGACUAAGCGGUCAUGGCCACUAUAUCUAUCUCUAGUGCAAAAUCAUGUCGUUUGCAUAAGACAAAUGAUACCCAAAACUCUGCUUAAAUGCUGCUGAGUUCCAUGUUGUGCAAUG